CUCCUUUUUGUGCUGCACAACUUUGGGUUUGGUUGUUGCUGCUCAGUGUUGCCAUUUUUAAACCAUGUCCCAAACAUGUCAAUAAAGUUCCAAUUUUUAGAAAAUUAUACAUUUUUUCCUUUUCGCCAAGAUGAGUAACUUUUGUAGAGAGGUCGUCACUCUUCAGUUGGGGCAUUAUUCCAACUUUGUUGGGACUCACUACUGGAAUUUACAGGACGCUUCUUUAUCAUACGAUCCAGAGACGCCACCGAGUGAGAUCCAGAGUGAUGUCCUGUUUCGUGAAGGACAGACUCCAGGAGGACAGGUCACCCACACGCCGCGCCUCGUCGCCAUCGAUCUCAAAGGAAGUCUGCGAACUCUGCGCCAGGAGGGAAAUCUGUAUGACACCGGCACAGACACCUCCGCUGCCACAUGGGAGGGAAGCCUCAUGAUGCACACAGAAAGUCCACCUCAGAAGAACUCCUUUCUGGAAGAUCUGGACAGGCUGGAUAAAGGAGAGAUCCUUGCUCAAGAUGAUUUUUACUCCAGUCCCCGUCCUCAAUGUUCAGCAGGCGCAGUGAGUGUGGACACCGUGAACACCCAGCUGGCUCGUGUCCAAAAAGGCUACCGGCUGGAGGGCAGCGUGAAGGUGUGGUCCGACUUCCUCAGGAUCCACCUGCACCCUCGAUCCGUCUCCGUCAUCCACCAGUACAACCAUGACGGCGAGGCUCACCGUCUGGAGACUUUUGGCCAGGGAGAGGCUCUCCUGCAGGGGCCGGUGCUUGAGCAGCUGGAGGACAAACUGCACUUCUUUGUAGAGGAGUGUGAUUACCUUCAGGGUUUCCAGGUGUUCUGUGACCUGGCCGAUGGCUUUGCCGGCCUCGGGUCGAAGGUCACGGAGAUGCUGCAGGACUCUUACGGAGGGAGAGGUAUCCUGACCUGGGGGUUGGCGCCUGUCAACCACCCGGACACGACGCCGAUGAAGGAGCUCUACCACGUGUUGAACGGCGCUUUGGGGACGGUCAACAUGGCCGCCAACAGCUCCUUCUUCUGCCCGCUGACGCUGCGGGGUGGACUGGGGAGACGGCCCUCAUCUCCCGUUGCUUUUCCCCACCUAAAUUAUGAUCCCACUCUGUGGUAUCACUCCAGCUCGGUGCUGGCUCUGGCCCUCGAUGCCCUCACUCUGCCUUACAGGCUGAAGGACAGCGCCCCCAUGUGGCAGAUGGCGGACACGCUGGCCGUGUCCGGCAGAAAGGUGGUGGCCGCUUAUGGCGCUGUCCCCUUUCCCAUGAUGCACGGCAGCUCUCUCCCAGACGCCCUCAGCGCCUGCGCGGACGCGCUGCCCUGGAAGCCUCUCUCGGCUUGCCCUGAACCUGGCGAUGGCCGUUGCUACGGCCAGCUGGUGACACUCAAAGGCUUUGAGGGCCAGAAACUCAUCAGCUCUCUGGCUCCAGGGACCCAGCCAGCCACUCCUCUGCACGACCUCCACAGCGGCGAGGACGUCCUAGAGUCCUACAUCAGGUCCUUCUAUCCCAGGUCCCCUCUAGCGCUGCAGCUGGUGUCUACAGCCAGCGCGCUGACGCCGCCCUUCCCGCAGAUAUUCAGUCACUUCCUCAGUCCUCAGGGCUUCCUGCAGAGCCAGCCUCUUCCUCCUGGCAGCCGGGCCGUCUCCUUGGCGCCCGUCAUGACGUCCCUCCAGUCGGGUCCGGCCAUCGGCUCGUGGCUGACGGAGCUGCACAGCGGCGCCAGCGCUCUGGACGUCCGCCGCUCGGCCCCCAGCUUCCUCUCACAGGGCCCUGAGAUGGCCGACUACAAGGACGCACUGGAGGAGCUGCGCCUGCUGGGCCGCUGUUACCGCGACGACAGCGGGGGGAUGAUGUGCUCCUCCUCCUCAGAAGACAACGAUGACUGACACUGGCACCGGAUUGAUCCGGACGGACCGUUGACGUGUGGACUCGUUCAGAGCCGCUGCUUUGUGAAGGAAACGGACCAUGUGACACUCAGCAGCAUUACGCCACUUUAGUUCGGUGCCCUCAGAUUACUGUUUACCUGCAAUUGUUUUUUAUAUAUAAUAUACAAAUAAUUGCUAUAAAAUAGUUUCCUUUACGCUAAAUAGCACAGCAGUUGUGUGUAAAGGUUCUUUAAAGUCAGGACACUUUUCCAGGACUGAAAUAACUAUGGCUUAAAGGCUGCACUGGUUGGUGGGUAUUGUAAAUAGUUUGGUGAUCUCUAUAAAGGCUGAUAUGAA